CCUUUGCGCGCGCCGAGCGAGUGAAUCGCGAAAGGAAAUCAUGCUCGCUGACAAUGUCUUCUCUCCAAAGCGCAUGCUUCGCUAUGCGUUAAGCUACCUCGCAUGUUACAUAUUCGGUGUACAGGCGGACUGUACCACGCACCUGAUUGUUGAUACCGACAUCUUCAGCGACGUAGAGUACGUCUUGACCGCCGCAAUUCCCCUGGCGACGAAAUCAAAAGAAUCUGCCAUUUAACAUAUCUGCAAUAGUGACGUCGCAGCCCUCCUUCUCGCCGCCACCCUUCCCAACGUCUCCCUCCUUGCCGUCAACGUGAACUAUCCCUCCGCGUAUUCCCCGCUUGCGGCUUCCGCCGUCCUGAACUUCUACGGCCACCCAAAUACAUCCAUUGGCAUGCGCCGCCCUUACGCCAAUGAGAGCUUCUUCGACGACUGGGCGUACGAACUGGGCGAAUACACGUCGAAAGUGGCAUAUCACUUUUCGGGCGGGUCGUUGCCAUGGUUCAAGCCGGAAAGGUCAUGGGAGCCCGUGGAUCUGUAUCGCAAGAGCCUGGCGGAGAGUGAGGACUCGAGCGUAACGAUCGCUUCUAUUGGCUUCUUCGACAACCUCUCCGGGCUGCUGAAUUCGACUGGUGAUGCGUACUCCCCGCUCUCCGGGCCUGAACUCAUAGCCAAGAAGGUCAGGAAGCUGGCUGUCAUGGGCGGUGGUUAUCCCUCUGGUCACGAAUACAAUUUCUGGGGAGAUAAUCCGCUUACCACGGCACAUGUAGUGAAUAAUUGGCCCCGCACUGUACCUGUCACGUUCUUGGGCACUGAGGUUGGGGAUAACGUCCUGAGUGGGGCCAAAUUGACAACCGAGGGGACCAAGGGCGAUUUGGUGACGGCGGCAUACGGAUGGUACGUUGGAUACGAUACCACGCGAAUGUCUUGGGAUCCAUUGACUGUUCUGUAUGCGAUCACGGGAUUGGGAUCGUUGUUCGAGUACGGGAACAGUGCUGGAUACAACCACGUUUUUCCGAACGGGUCGAAUGUGUGGGUUGUUGACGAAGGUGUCACGAAUCAGCAUUACCUGCAGUUAGCUAUAGAUAAUGUGACAGUGGCAGAUAAGCUUGACGGCUUGUAUUUGGACGCGGUGCGGCGGUUCAGUAAAGAGAACUGAGGGUUCUUAGAUGCUAGGAAAGUAGAUUUCGCAACAAGACCUGU